CAUUUGGAGAGUCACGGAAAAGCAGCAAAUGCGUCAACGGUACGUUAAUCAAGACGGAUCCAGUAUAAAAGUGAAAGCCAGUCGCUCCAUAACUCCAUUAGCCUGAGAGGUUCCGAGGUUCUAUCUAUCAGCUAUGAAGGUCCUGCUGUUUGUAUGUAUCCAGGCGUCUCUGUUGGCCUGCACGCUACAGACAGAAGCAUCCCAAAUUCCGAUAAAGCUGUGCGGCCGGGAGUUCCUGCGUGCUGUCGUGUACACGUGCGGUGGCUCCAGAUGGAGGAGGAGCCUGAAUGACAUCUUCACAAAGGAGCUGGAGGACAUGCCGAGGUUCAGGAGGAGUGACGACUCAGGGUUGCUGGAUCUCUGCUGCCAAGUAGGCUGCAGGAAGAGAGACCUGGAGCUCAUGUGCUGAGAGGACGUCUGUCCGCCGCGUGUCUGUCCUGUCCUGACUGAAGACGAUAAGCAAGAGAGAAGAAAGAGAAAGCAGCUGCAAUAGAUCCAUUUGGCAAGAAGAUUUUUUUCACACACACAAUCCUGAUAAAUAAGAACAUGUGACAUUAAGUAUUACUUUUGUCUUCUUUGAGUUUCAUCACUGAACCAUAUCGUAAUUUAUAAAUGGGUUUAAUCACUUCCAGAUGUUUAUCCACGAAUGUAAGAAGAUGAUGUUCAAUACAAAUGAGAUUAAAUAGUGAAUUUAAUACAUAUAAUCGUCGUCCAGUCCAAUUAAUUCACUAAUGUUUAGUGUAAAGCUGAAUGAGAUACAGACUAAUAAAACAAUGUGUGCUGCUGAGUAUCUGAAGAUGA